GCGGACAGCGCUUCCUUGUCAAGAUGGCGGCUCCCUUGACUCUGCUGUUGAUUGUGGCCGUUACGAUCCGUGCCGCUUUGUUCCGGUCCAGUUUGGCGGAGCUGAUUGCAGAGAGGGUGGAGGUGGUGUCGCCGAUAACCGCCUGGAAGAGAGUUGUUGAAGGUUUGGCUCUGCUUGAUUUGGGAGUUUCACCAUAUUCUGGAGAUGUUUUCCACGAGACUCCUCUCAUCAUCUACAUGUUUCACUUUUUGGUGGACUACGCAGAGAUCACAUUUAUGUCUCAUUCCUGGAGAGGGACGGCUGAGGUGGAGCGGACUUGUGCAGAGGAUGGAGAGGGAAUAUGGGUCUUGGCCAAGAGCUGCCAGUUACUAAUAAUUGUUCUUUGCUUCUUUUCUCACAGUUACCUGCUGAACCCGUUCACCAUCUUAUCCUGUGUCGCCAAGUCGACCUGUGGCCUGAACAACGCCGUGCUCGCCCUCUUCUUCCUCUCCACAAUAAAAGGAAAUGUCUUACUGAGUGCCAUAUUCCUCUGCUUGGCCACUUAUCAGUCCAUCUAUCCCAUCACCCUGUGCGCACCUGCCAUGCUGUAUUUUAUGCAGCGUCAGUACAUCCCAGUGAAUUUUCUCUCUGUUCCUGACCUCACUCCCAACAUCGGCCUCUUCUGGUAUUUCUUUGCCGAGAUGUUUGAACAUUUCCGCCUCUUCUUCCUCUGCGUCUUCCAGAUUAAUGUUUUCUUCUACACCAUCCCUCUGUCCAUCAAACUAAAGGAGCAUCCCGUCUUCCUGAUCUUCAUGCAGUUAGCUGUGAUCUCCAUCUUUAAGUCGUACCCCACUGUGGGAGACGUUGCACUCUACCUGGCCUUCCUUCCUGUCUGGAGUCACCUGCACAGAUGCGGGUAG